AUGGCACCAGGCUGGCCCUAUACAAUUCACUAUGUAUUCGAUGCGCCGUUAACGAAUGCCACAUCAGCAAAAAGCGUCAUCCUGUCGAGAGAUCGUGCAGACGUGCGUCUUCCACUGCAUCGACCACCUAUCAGAACGAAAGGAGCCUUGAACAGAUCAACAUAUCUGAUUCAGGUUUACCGACUGGACGAAGAGAUGUGGCGAGCACAUGGGGCUAGCCACAUAUUUAUGUACUAUCACUCCUCAACGCAUAAUGUCCGCCAAGUGCUACGGCAUUACGAACGAGAGGGUUUUGUUACAGUGAUCAGUUGGCCGUUACUUCCACGCUUCUCCAACAUCGAUCCAAAUCUUUCUGUGUACCGUCUCGCACAUUCGCUCGCCCAUAACGAUUGUGUACAAAGAAUUAACAGCGAGUUCGGAGCGCUGGUCGACAUUGAUGAACUCAUUGUGCCA